AUGCGCACAAUCACCACCAUCACCACCACCAUGCCUCACGGCGACAGAAACCCAGCAACAACAACCGCAACAGCACACUUGCUCUUCUCUCCGCUGACGAGCGGAGCAUUACGCAACGCAAACUCGCCAUCGCCAUGUCGACGCGAGGAGGAAUUGGAAAGGGAGGAGGUCGAGAGACAGUUGAGGGAGGUGGAGUUGCAGGAACGGAUGGAGAUGGAGCGCGAGGAACAGGAGCGGCAGGCGAGAUUGGCUGAGACGGGAGAGCCAGAGGGUGGGAGGGAUCUUGAUGCUGAUAUUCCCGACAUGGAUGAUGAUGGUGGGUUUGAUGAUCAAGGGGAUGAAGAAGUAGAAGACGAGGGUGAGAUGGAAGGCAUGGAGGAGGGCGACCUUGAUGAUGAUAUUCCUGAAGCGGAUGACCAAGAUCUUGAUCUUGAUGACGACGGUGAUGAGACUGGGGAUGAAGACGAGGAUGUCAUGUCACCAGACCCCGAAAGUGGGAACGGUGCAUGGGUUUACGAUUCACGACGAGAACCAGAUACGGACGAGGAGACAGCUGAGCUGAAUCCAUCUUUGCCAGGCGCAGUCCGGACUACUGGUGGUGGCGGCAGUCCGCAUCAUGGUCGAAGGUCUGGCCACUUCAGACACGGCACGGCAAUUGUGGCGGGAGUCAGAGUUCCAGUGCCAGGAAGUGAGUACGACUAUGACGAGCGGGAAGCCGAAGACCUUGCCAACGCCAUGCUCGACGAGGACGAGAUCUUUGAUCAAGACGAGGAGAUGGACGACGACGGCGAACGCGAUCUCGAUGACGAUGUGCCUGAGCCAGAAUCCGAACAAGGCUGGGAGCAUACUGAUACGGAACUUGAUGAGAGUGAAAUGGACAUCUCAAUCUUACCCAAUCAACUACAGCGCGAAAGCCUGGGUGGCAUGAGCGGUACCAGUGAGCGGAUGUCUGGUGGCUUAACCAGUGGCCGACCGCACGGUCGGAGCUCUGGACCGUGGAUUUCAGAACGUUCGCCUCAUGUUCCAUCUGAUUCCCAGAUCUCCGCUCAGACCAGACAGCCCGGACCGUCAUCUUCAUUCCUCCAGCCUGGCCCACCGCCUCGCGCGACACGCGUAAUCAGCGGUAAUCGACAUCAAGCUUACAUCGCAACACCCGAAACGUUCGACUCACCCGCGACAAUUGACAGCUCAAGUCAACACAGAAGUUACCAUCAAGAUGUGAACCAGGACAGCCCCGACCCUUUCACAUCGACCGGUGUCGCCGUAAACCCCAGAUACGCGAACUUCCGAGCUGUCAGAGCCAAUGCGGCGACCGCGGCCUCAGCUGCAAAUCACCGUCUGGAAAUGGAAAAUGCCACAGCGUCGAAUCCCAACUCGAACCCUGGGUCAUCAUCACGAACGGGCGCAGCUAGGGCCUGGCUCGAUGGUGCUGCGGCGGCCGUGGGCGGAAGUGCUAGGAGGACAUUGUUCGGGCGCGCAGCAAGGAGAGGCGGGAUUGGAAAUGAGGGUACUGGUGGCAGUGGCAGCGGCAGCGGCAAUGGCGGUACGACUAAUCCUGCGAUUGCGUCGAAUUCAAGCGGUGGUCUCUUUACGCCUGAACUCUCUCAUAUUGGUAACAGUGCUGGUGAGAUGGGGAAUGAUGGUUGGGGAGAUACGCCAAUUGGACAAGGACGCGGAAAUGGUUCGAUUGAGGGCGUACAUCCAACCCAUCGCCGCGUUCAGAGCCAGAAUACGAGUCGGAGGAGUGGUAGGUUCCUGACCUCGAGGCGGAGAGGUGAAGUUGAUGGUCAGACGUGAUUCAGGGACGUCCAUCUAUUCGAGGGCAUGCGGACUGGGUGUGAAAUUGGUACUUCCUCCUGACGGGCAUGUGGUGAGUAUGCAACCUCGAAGCCUACUUGGUCGGGCAGAAAAUACCUGUGAGAAUUAGAGUCAUUGUAUAUGGUAAACAAAACAGCAUGGGUCCAGGAAGGUUCCACAGACCAUGGCCAAGCAUAGACCUACACCUUGCUCAUGAGGCGAAUGAUUAAUCUGAACAUGAAUAGAA